AUGUGUUUUUAUCUCUCCAUCACUUUAAUGAUCAUUCGUGCCCAAAACAGACAGUUUCGCCAGUCCAACCAGAGCUACUGGGGAGGAGUAAUGUUAGGGUUAUUUCCAGUGAAACUGAAGGAACAGAGGAGCAUUCUGCAUGAUUCAAAAUGGAGUACCGAGGCGGUACUUCUACUAAUUGAUUUAAGGACAGAAUCCUCUAGUCUAUUCUCCUCCAAUACAACAACACAAAAGCAGGCAUGGAGGAAAAUUUCAGAAGAAAUGUGCAGCAAAGGUCACAGUUUCUCUGGGGAUGAGUGUGACAGGAAGUACAGGUCGUUGAAAAUGAGGUAUAAAAUAAUCAAGGAGAGAAAUAAUAAAACUGGGAACAGUCGACAGUGCUGGAAAUACUUUGAUGCUAUGGACAAAGUAUUACAUGGGGACCCUGCUGUUCAGCCAGUGGCUGCCGCAUCUAGUUUAAGUGUAUUGGGAACGCAAAAGUCUGUACCCCUGAAACCAACUCCAUCCUCGCCUAAAAAAAGAAAAUCUGAAAAAGAAUCGGGCUGGGUGACAGAUUACAGAAUGGAAUUAAAGAAAAUGCACCAGGAGAGGAUGGAGUUGGACAGGCAGAGAUUAAACCUUGAGGAAAGAAGGGUACAGGCCUUAGAACAUCUAGCUGAAGCAUUGAAUAAAUAG